UGUUCCACAAGCAGCCUCCUCUCUGGGGGAAAUUCCACCAUGCCUACGCAAGCCGCUGCUCAGACCUCCUCACCCCAUAAAUUGAGGACUCGAUGGCUGUCUCAGCACCAGACAGAAAAGAGGCUUUCAAGCUCCACUUGCCUGCUUCAGCUUCAGCUUCAGCCAUCACAUCUCCGCUGACAUGAAGGUCUUUGUGGCUACCCUCGCCAUUCUCAUUGCCGCCUUCUGCUACCAGACAUCUGCUGCUCCAUUUGGCUCCGACCCACCAACCUCCUGCUGCUUCACCUACGCCUCCCGGCAGCUGCCCCGCAGCUUCGUGGUAGAGUACUAUGAGACCAACAGCCAGUGCUCCCAGCCAGCUGUCGUGUUUGUCACAAGGAAGGGCCGCCAAGUCUGCGCCAACCCUGAGCAGGACUGGGUCCAGCAGUACGUGAAUGACCUGGAGCUGAACUGAGCUCCCGGGACAGACCCUGCUGCCCUGUGUACCCCACGACGAGUGAGCCAUGGCCAGCGCGGGCUCCAUUAGGAAUGCCUCAAUGCCAUUUCACGCUAAUUAGGAAUGUGCUAGAAUCUGAAUUUAGUGUUUUGCUAUUUAGUUUUUCUAUAAGAGAGGGAUAAGGUGCAAUAACUCCACUCCAGACAGAUAAGAAUGUUAUUUAAUAGAUAUAUUUUUUUAAACAAAGACUUAUG